AUGGUAAUCAACAAGCGAAUUUUACUUUUAGCAUGUCCUAUUUUUAUAGUUAUAGCGAUAUGUCUUUCUGCAGUAGGCUACUCUUCCUUUAAAUCCUUACCUGAUUUACAGCAGUUCAUUUAAUAAGGCCAUAUUUAGUAACAAUUAGGUAGUAAAUCGCGAGAUAUUUAGUUUCUUGAUUUCUCUUUAGAAGCAGGGUAUUAGGAAAAUUUCAAAUAAGUAUUUGCUCUCCGCUCUUAUUACUAUCAAAUAUUAGAAAAUAAUGUAACUCCAAAAAACCCAGACAUAAGUUAGAUUCAAGCUCUAUAUGUGAGCCUUUUGCAAGACCAAGAUCCUAACUUUCAAUAGAAUAAUUAAUCCAUUUAUAAUAAGAUAAACAACGCUUCCUUAUAAGAAAUACUGCAAGUUACUGGAUGGGACAAUUUAUAAGAAACAGUAUUUGAUAAUGCAUCUAAAAAAUACUCAGCACAGUAUUCUACUCUAGCUAAAGAUGUCCUUCUCUUCGGGGUUCUUAUGAAAGGUAUUUUAGCUCCAUAUUACCUUUAGUAGUAAUUAUAAGACACUAGCGAUGGGUCUUCUUAUGAUCUCAUUUAUACAGUUGGUAUAACAUAUCCAGGAUUAAAUUUUACAGUUUUUUUACCUCUUCCAAACAGCACUUAACUUACAAAUAUUAAUUAGCCUGUACAAACAACUAAAUCUAAUUCAUGUCCUUCUAUGCUCACUGGAAAAUAUAACUUUAAUAAUGUAUGUACUGGCUAAGAUGCUUCUCUUUAUGUUAUAAAAGAUUCUUAUUAAAAUUAUCAAGGCGCUGGUGGUAUAAGCUAAAAAUUUAAGGUGAAUGAUAAUGUUGAUGCAAUAAUAUAUGCAUAAUUUUAAUUACAACAAAAACAAUCUGCCUUAAAAUAAUCACUAAUAAACAAAGAUUAUGGUGACUUGUUCUUAAUACUUGACGAUGAUGAAUUGACGUUGCUAGCUUUUGAUGAUACAACGCAUUAAAUGGAUUAAAGUUUUAGUUAGAAUCUCGUUCUUUAGAUAUUUGGUUAAAAUCCAAAUCCAAAUGAAGUAAAUGAAUUUUAACAAAACUUCUAUUAAGUUAAAAAUGGCAUAAAAGAUUCAAAAUUAAAAAAUUAAAAUGAAAAAUAUUCAGAUCCUCCAUAAUAGUUUUCAUAUAAAGUAAAUGGAAAAGUCUAUUACAUAAUAUUUACACCUAUCGAAGUUUAUCCAGGUUAAAUGGGCUCUGAUGGGUAAUUGGUUAUAAAUUAUGCAGAAAUACUUUUCUAUCUUGGUUAUAUUGUUUCAGAAAGUGAUUUGAUCCAAGGAUUUUAAGAAACAAACGAUCGAUUAAACUAUAUUGAAUUAGUCUCAUUUAUUGUUAUCAGUGUCAUAUCUUUUAUUUCAAUUUGCAUUGUAGGCAGAUACAGCUAUAUGAUAUCUUACUCUUUCCAAAACCCUAUUAUAACUAUGUCACGUCUUAUGUCAGAAAUCGACCCUGAAUAAAUAGACUAAGAAGACUAAUACGAAAGCUAUUAAAAUUACUUUACAUCUGAUGAAAUCAAAUCUUUAUUCGAAGCUAUGGUUACGCUUCUUAAAAAUUUUAAGUACUCAAAUCAAAGAUUUCAUGAUGAUGAUGCUUUAACUCUAUUAGAGCUCUCUAGGGCUAAAUAAUUUUAUAUAAAAUUUGGUAAUUAAAAUGGUGUUGGUAUUUGCUGUAAUAACAUAGGGAAUAUCCAUUUAAAGAAUAAUCGUUAUUUAGAAGCUAUAUCUGAGUACCAAGAAGCAAUUUUAAUGGCUACCAUGGAAUAUAAUAUUACUAAAGAAGAAAUGGAUAAGGAAAAUAUAGAAUAUAGAAAGAAACCUCAAUAAAUUAUUGAUGUUAUUAACUAAAAUAGCCCAAAUAGAUCGUAAAGAAUGAAUGGGAAAAAAAAGAAGACAUUUUUAGCUGGAAGCAAUCAAAAUCCUUCUUCACCACUUAAGAAACCAAAUAUGCUUUCUUCUUAAGCCAGCUCUAUGAAGCAGUAAAAGAGGAAUUCUAAAGAUGGUACUGUCAUGAAACCCUCUCAUUUCCAGAAUGAUGAAGAUAUUUAAGAAGAUGAUGGAGAUAUAGAAAACUCUCAAAUCGCAAAGAAGAGAAUGCCCGAACAAUUUAAUUAAGAUAACACAAAUGACAAUACUAUUUAUAGAAAGAAGAAAGAUGAUCUUCUCAUGAAAUAUGACCUUUCUAAGACAAGACUUUUAAACAGAAAAUAUUAAUUAGGAGUUGCUUUAUUUGAAUAUUCGACAUAAUAAAAGGAUGAUCUCUAUCAUGAAGCAAUAAGAGUGUUCGAAAAAUGUAUUUCCCUUUCUGAUUCAGCAGAUCCAAGAGAUUUUGAUGAUGAUUUAGGCUAUAGAAGACCCUCAAACACAACUAUAAUUAGAAAAAUACUUAUUUUAACUAAAAAAUCAUAUUGUCACCUGCGUCUUGGAGAAUAUAAAAGAGCAGAGCUACACAUUUAAGAAGCUUAAUAGUUAUAUGAAGAAUUGCUGCUAGUUCUUUAAGAAGAAGAUUUUCAUGAAGAAAAUACUUCUUUGUUCUUAAAUAUCUUUGCUUAAAUUCCUCCAGAAAUUCUCUUAUCAAAAAUUAAGCUGUAAUAAGCAAUUCUUGAAUUGGCUAAGUUUAACUUUAGGAAGGCUGCUGACAUACUAACCAGAAUUAUAGAAGAGGGACAAGUAUAUGACUCAUAAAUUAGAAAAUAUGCUAUGAUGCUUUUAAAGAAUAUUAUGGAAAAGUUUAACUUAGAAAUACCUACUUUGAUACCAAAGCUUUAAAAGUUCAAUUUAAGAAUAAUAGAAUUAAUAAUGCUAAUUGAUUACUCUAAAGAUAUGACAGUUGAUCAAAUUAAAUAUUCCCAUGCAAGAUGCAGAAGUAUCUUUGAUAAAAUAGAUAAAAAGGAUAAAAUUGGAUUUGUGCAAUUUAACGAGCUAGUCCAUGAAAAUUUCCCUUUGUAAGAAAAAGAACUUUAUAAUGAUUUGUUAGAAAAGAAAAUUCGUUCCAUUCCUAUGAGUACAGGAGGUAAAUCUAAUUUGUACAAAGCUCUUGAUGUGACUACAGGUUUGUUUGAUAAAUGCUAAUAAAUGAAUAAUAUUGAAGAUAAUUAAAAGAAGAGCACACUUGAUUAAGAAAAUAAUGAAAGACUGAGAUUCAUUUGUCUUUUCACAGAAGGAAAUAAUUAAAUAAAAGAGGAUUAAUUAGAAGCUAUUAAAGAAAAAAUGAAGAAAAAAUAAGUAAAUCUAAUUAUAAUCAAUAUCUGUAAUUAAAAUGCUAACAUGCUCUAUUUGCGUUACUUAGCUAAAGAAAUUUCUGAGCUUGGGUAGUUCUUCCAAUAAGGAGAUGAUGAUGUUGAAGAAUAUUUAAAUAAGCAAAGAGAAAAAUAAAUAAAACGCUAACUAAUUUGUGAAUAUUUCUGA